AUGCGAAUCUGCUUCCAAAAAUACCCUAGCAGAGGCAUCUACGCUGUUCACAGCGGCCAAGUAUUUUCUACAGGCCGAGGACAAACUUGACUGUCUAAACGCGAUCACACAUGGUGACAAUCUGGACAGCGCCACGUCAUGUCUUUUGAAAGCAGCCAAACUGUACGAAUCAAGCGAACUGUUCACAUUGGCUGCAAAUGUUUACAUUUUCCUGUGUGAUAAUCUGAUUCGUCGGAAAAAAUGGAGCGAAGCCAUUCCGCAUUUGAAAAGAACUCUGGAAAUACUGGCGCGUGAUUUGUUGUGCAGCUUGCAGGUUCUGAGCAAGCUAGUAUCUUGUCAACUUGGUCUGGGUGAUUGGGUUGGGGCAUUGAAUACCUGUCUGCGCAUUCAAACCCUGAUUUCCGAAGCCAGGGGUACAUGCAAUCCUGAGCUUCGUCUGCACUAUUGGACCACAGCUGAAGUUUUGCGUGUUUGUCUGGUACUACUCACUGCGCCUCCUCAUAAACUAUCCUCGGAAUCGGCGGGGCAAGGUUACUCUUUGGACAACUACUCGGUCGAUGCACUCAAUGGUGCGCCUGAGAUGAAUGAGGCUCUGUUUCUGCAUUUGCAGUCUCUCAUACUUGCUUAUCGUUCGGGUGAUGUUGUCGAACUGGAAUCAAGACUCAGCGCACUUCGAUCAUAUUUGGAUGCCGACCAGUGUGAUAUUCUAUCGCUGUUGGUGAACGAAUUGACCAAUCCUUUCAGCAGUGUGGUCUAGGUUGCCAUCUGUUGUUGUGCUGCCUUAUAAAUGGCUGUUGAUGCAGUUUUUAAUCCUGUUCUGUAUAGUUUUUCUACCCUGUUCCCUGACUUAACCUUCGCCUCCCAUUUGAAUUCCAUUAAUUUAUUUCGUUGCACCGACGAAAUAUAUCUUUCUUUGUG